AUGAUCAAUCGUACCUUCAAGGUGGAUCCGAUAACCUGGACAUGGGAAGACUGUAGGACUCAGGUUUCAGCAGUCGCUGAGCGAUUCCUCCCCCUUGUUUCUAGCCAUUUACUCACUGGUAAAAACAAGGGUUUGAUCUCGUGGGUAGGUAGCGUGAAAUACAACCGAAAGAACAUUCGAACAGUUGAUAUCACUCAAGAAGAAGGCUGGGUCAUGUUUCAUUCACUUGUCAACAACAAGGAACCCAUGAUAGCCGGGGUCUCUAUUAGUAUUACAAUGGAAAACCCUCGUGCUGCUGCAAAGGCCUUACAAAAUCAAGCCAACAUGACUCAGAGCUUGAUAAUGCAACAGAAUAUCCCUGGACUCGCGGAACCUGGGGCUUCCCGGAGGCCACAAGAUAUCGAGCCGCUUUCCGUUCAAGGGCAAUUACAACAGGUUAUAGGCAAGCUUCGAACCUUACAUGCAAAGCACAGUGGUGCGGGUGAUGGUGCGAUAUAUCAAGAUCCCACCAACACUUUGAAGACGUUACGACUCACCAAUAUUCUUCUCACGAUCUGGGCAAGAUCGAUUAUCAAGGGGGAUGUUGGUGUUGAUCUAGUCACCCCUCCUAAAACCAAACUCUUUGUUUGUACAGUUGGAGGUGGUGAACCUCCUCCAACUCAAUCGACCUCGAUUGAUCCAACACCGAGUACUUCAGCGAUAAGCAUAGCCCCAUCAACUUCUGGACCAUUUGAUCUCAAUGACCGUGGAGUUGCAACCCCCCCAUUCGAACACUUCCUUGACUUCGCCAAAAUUUCACCUGCAAAUCCAGCUCACCAACUCGUUCGAGAUCUUGGUUAUGAGACUUGGAGAGCUUUUGAAGCCAGUGAAUUUAUGAACAUCGAAGCUCUGAGAAACGAUGGUUUGAAAGUUGGGACAGCCCAUGGAUUGAUCAGUAAAGCGAAGGUUUACAGACAACAUUAUCACCAGUCUAAUUAG